UUAUCCUUCUGCCGCUUUUAUAAAGGUCCGUUGUCGCUUCGAUCUGUCGCUCAGUUGUUGCAUACUUCUCGGCGCGUUCGGUACGCGAGCAUUUGGACAAACAGUUAGAUAGAACUGAAAGUGAAAGAUAUUUCCCAAGCGAAUUGGCUCUAUUUUUCGCUUUUCCAGCAGCGCAUCGAUUUCCACGCCCGCCUAAAAGCUCGCCACAUCCAAUGCGCCCUCUGAGCGGUUUGAUAGCGGUGGCGCUGCUGCUGCUGCUCCUGCUGACGGCACCAUCGAGUGCGGCGGACACGGAGACGGAGUCCUCCGGCAGUCCACUGACGCCCGGCGCCGAAGAGCCACGCCGAGUGGUGAAGCGUGCGCCCACGUCCAGCUUCAUUGGGAUGCGUGGCAAGAAGGACGAGGAGCACGACACCUCGGAGGGUAACUGGCUGGGAUCGGGACCCGAUCCGCUGGACUACGCCGACGAGGAGGCGGACAGCAGCUACUCGGAGAACGGGCGGCGACUGAAGAAGGCACCGCUGGCCUUUGUGGGCCUGCGUGGCAAGAAGUUCAUACCGAUCAACACCCGCCUGUCCGAUGUCCUGCAGAGCCUCGAGGAGGAGCGCCUGCGGGAUAGCCUGCUGCAGGACUUCUUCGAUCGCGUGGCCGGGCGUGAUGGCUCAGUGGUGGGCAAGAGAGCGCCCACCGGAUUCACGGGCAUGCGAGGCAAGCGGCCCGCCCUGCUGGCCGGAGACGAUGACGCGGAGGCGGACGAGGCCAUGGAGCUGCAACAGAAGCGGGCGCCGGUCAACUCCUUUGUGGGGAUGCGCGGCAAGAAGGACGUCUCGCACCAGCACUACAAGCGGGCAGCUCUCUCCGAUUUCUGGCACACUUUCUUUAAAAAGUCCUAUGACUUGAGGGGAAAACAGCAGCGCUUCGCGGACUUCAACAGCAAAUUUGUGGCGGUGCGUGGCAAGAAGAGCGAUCUGGAGGGCAACGGAGUCGGGAUUGGAGAGGAUCAUGAGCAGGCUCUGGUGCAUCCAUGGCUCUACCUGUGGGGAGAAAAGCGAGCGCCCAAUGGAUUCCUGGGAAUGCGAGGCAAACGGCCAGCACUUUUCGAGUAGGCGAUGUUGAGCGAUUUGAAAGAUCUUGAUGGAAGUUCCUCUUAGAGCUACAAAACUAGGAAAUGCGAAAGUAGAUGGACGCCGGAGACCGGGAGAGCAGAUUUGGAAACAGAUUGGAUCACAAGAGUGUUUCAAAUAAUCGCUGGGCUGGAGAUUAUUUCAAACAC